AUGCUGUCGCCCACACAUGAGGAAGAAAUUACUUCCCUAGUAGCGAAGACUGUCAGGUCUUACAAGGAGUUGCCCCUUCGCCUAUAUCAGAUCACUCGCAAGUUUCGUGACGAGUUACGGCCACGGCAUGGCCUUCUUAGAUCCCGCGAGUUUACCAUGAAGGACCUAUAUACUUUUGACGUCUCAUCUGAAGCGGCGUUGGAGACGUAUCACAAAGUCCAAGCUGCUUAUAAGGGUGUUUUUGAGGCCUUGAAGCUGCCAGUGAUGGUGGCCAAGGCCAGCUCUGGCGAUAUGGGAGGCGAUCUCAGCCACGAAUACCAUCUGCCGGCCCUUGUUGGGGAGGACACCGUCAUUAUCUGUGGUUCUUGCGAUUAUGCUGCUAAUACAGAGGUGGCGGAAACUCGUAGGGACGUCACGAAGCUGAAUGGUCACCCCCCGGUCGAAAACACCCAAGUGUCCGCUGUGAGAGUAUGGCGAGGGAUCAGCAAGGACCGCUCGACUCUGGUCAACGUGUGGUACCCGGCACAAAUUCCAGGGGAGACGAGAAUGGAGGAAACAAAAGACGUUGAUGUGAGCAUACCUGCUGUGAAAUCCAUUAUUCCCGGCUUGGACGCAAGCGUCGAUGACGCCCUGCAUCUCUGGCCCCGUGCUGUCGAAUGUCAGCAUACAACUGGGCAAGUUGCCGCAAAGUCGCCGAGGCUAGUAAACCUGAUCGACUUCAGACUGGCGGCACAGGCUGAGGAGUUGCUACUUCAAGAGGCAAAGUUGUGGCCUUUACCACAAUGGGAGACGGCAAAGUCAAAGUUGGAUGCUAUCACGGUCAUGGAGGACCGGAGCGGUCAGGGGCUGAAUCUCCUGGCGGUUCGUGCAGGGGACAGGUGUCCAAGCUGCGAGAGCGGCAUUCUGAGAGUACAGAAGGCCCUGGAAGUUGGGCACACGUUCCAUCUAGGGACAAGAUACUCGCAGCCACUCGGGGCGACGAUUUCCGUGCCGAUGGGCGCAGCGGCCACAAAAGGGACAAGUCAACCCUUGGCUACCGAAAAGACGGUCCCGAUGCAGAUGGGGUGUCACGGGAUUGGAGUGUCUCGUCUUAUCGGUGCCAUGGUUGAGCAUUUGGCAGACGAAAGGGGGCUACAGUGGCCGAGGGUUGUCGCUCCCUACGAGGUCGUUGUGAUAUCAUCAACAGACUUAGCCGAGGAGGCUGGAAAUGUCUAUGACGAACUAACGAUGCCUAGAACCGGGAUGUUGGAACCAGAGGCAGUAUGGGAUGACCGCGCCUUAUCCUUGUCAUGGAAGCUCAAGGAUGCAGAUUUAGUAGGAUACCCCGUGGCAGUGGUCCUCGGUAAAGCGUGGAAGCAGAAUGAGGGCUGCGAAGUGCAGUGUAGGAGACUGGGCAUCAAAGAAACGGUGCCGCUGUCAGGGGUCCGUCGACGGGUAUCAGAGUUGUUGGAGAAGCUGUAA